CCCGGGAGUCCCGGCCGCGCUCCUGCCCGCCGCCCCGUCGCUGCACCUGCCGCCGAGCCAUGGCCAACGCGGGGCUGCAGCUGCUGGGCUUCAUCCUGGCCUUCCUGGGCUGGAUCGGGGCCAUCGUGAGCACCGCGCUGCCCCAGUGGAAGAUCUACUCCUAUGCCGGCGACAACAUCGUCACGGCCCAGGCCAUCUACGAGGGGCUGUGGAUGUCCUGCGUGUCCCAGAGCACCGGGCAGAUCCAGUGCAAAGUCUUUGACUCCUUGCUGAACCUGAAUAGUACUUUGCAAGCUACUCGUGCCUUGAUGGUGAUUGGCAUCCUCCUGGGAGUAAUAGCCAUCUGUGUAGCCACUGUUGGCAUGAAAUGUAUGAAAUGUCUGGAAGAUGAUGAGGUACAGAAGAUGCGGAUGGCCGUUGUUGGGGGUGUGAUAUUUCUUAUUGCAGGUCUGGCUCUGUUAGUUGCCACAGCAUGGUAUGGAAAUAGAAUUGUUCAAGAAUUCUAUGACCCUAUGACACCAGUCAAUGCAAGGUAUGAAUUCGGUCAGGCUCUAUUCACUGGUUGGGCUGCUGCUUCUCUCUGUCUUUUGGGAGGUGCCCUACUUUGCUGCUCCUGUCCCAGAAAAACAACAUCUUACCCAACACCAAGGCCCUAUCCUAAACCUACACCUUCGAGUGGGAAAGACUAUGUGUGACACUGAAACAGAGGACAUAACCAAGCUGGAACAAGCAGAAAAGUGGACGUUGAAAUACCACCACUGAUACUAAAAAGGCCUUAAACUGUUGACUCUUGCAGUCUGAACUGUGUUAUUACCAAAACAAAACCAUAUUUUUUAAAAGUAUCCAUUGCUAGAAAAUGGUUUCUUUUAUCUUUUUUUCUUCAAUCUGGAUGGAACCCUUUGCCAUUUGUAUAAUUGCAGUCCACUGAGUGAUAACCUCAUAUGGGGGAGGGGGUGCUUCUCAAAUAUAUAUAGUAUGUAUAUACAGGGUUUUCUAUAAAAAAUUAGAUAACAAAAGCUCUUAUUCAUAUAUGUUGGUAUAAACAUGCCUAAAUAUAUAUCUAAAGAGAGAAAAAUAUAUUUAAUUCUAUGUUGAUUACAGUAACCAUUUACUUGGUAUAUUUCUGUGCUUUCUCUAGGUAGACUAAUAUCUAAUUAGAGUAGAAUUAAUAUAAUGUACUUCUUCAGCUUUUAAUGUUUUUGACAGAAGUGUUAAUCAAUCUAAUGUAUGGAUUCUUUUAGCUAUUAUGCCCUUUUCAUGUGCUUGCUAUUUUUUUUAUUAUUAUGAUAUGAUAGCACCUACUUUGUCCUCAGUCAUUCUUUAUUCCUUUUCUUUGUGCUGGGGUUGGUCUUGACCCUUGACUCUUGAUAACACAUUUCAUGAGCUUAAAAUUUAAUUCUUAAGUCAAGGAGCCUCUUACCCAGGGUUGGGAAUAUAGGUCUGCCAUAAAGCUCUUGACUGUAUGUGUGAAGCCCUGGGUUCAAUCCCCAACACCACAAAAACAAAACAUAUCUAAACAAGGACUUCUUCAAAAUCGGGACUGUUGGAACAAUUCUUCCUGUAAAUUCAGAAUGAUAUAUUCCCAUAACCUUCGCACACGAUUCACGUGCUCUGACCUCUCACACAUUUGUCUGCUUGGGAAAUAUUUGUCCCAGUGUGUACUGUGUUCUGCUUUCUCAGGUGUUGUAACACAGUUUUAUUGAUUAAAUUUUGAGCUAUUUAUUCACUGUUACCCAUUCCCUCAAACCACGAGCAGUCUAAUCCCAGCAUCUUCUCAACAGUUUUCUCAUAUGUAAAUAGCGUAAUGUUUACCUCUUCCCAGAAAGGUGUGGCCUGUUUGCAUGAAUGAAGUUCAAGACUUUCUGUAGUGAUAAUCUGGUGACAAAUAGUCUUUUUGUAGCUGUAAGCAUGUCACUUAAUCUUUCUCCUCUUUGUCAAAUUGAGAUAAUGAUACUUAACCAGCUGGUAGAGGUGGUGCGAGUAUCAAUUAGUAGGUAUUAUGCUCAUUCUUUGAACAUGAAAUAUGCCCGAGUGUUUUUAUUUUCUCAAUUGGCUAUUAAGAAGUCAUAAAACCAAAUCUGCAAACACAUAUUCACAUAAUUCAGCAGUUUUCUUCCCCCUCCAGUCUGUUUCCUUUCAACAGUACCUAGCAUUUUGCUGGUGCUCCCUUUCCAUUCUAACAAUUACUCUUCGUUUCCCAGUCUGUGGAAAAUGCUACUUCACUUGAGCUAGAUGAUGUAAUGAAAGGGUGUUAGCUUUGGUGUCUGGAGACCUGAUUUGAGUCUUGGUGCUAUCAAUUACUGUCUGACGGAGCAAGAUACUUGACUGCCCUAGAUUUAUUGCUUCAGCUGGAGAUUGCAUUGUAAUUCUUGACCUGCCUACUUCACAGAGCCUUUGUGGGGAUCAGGUGAGAGGUGAGAUGGGCUCGUGGAAAUAUGGUUUAGUAAGGUGAAAAUACUGUCCUAUGGAAAGGCAUUAAGGAUUUCAGAUCACAGGUGUUGCAUUAUUGCUUACAUGACUCCAAAAAAAUGACACUUUAAAAAUAUAGGUUUCUUAACAGAUUUCUCAAGCCACGAAACAUGAAAGAAAACUUCAGUUUACACAAUGAGAAGGUUUCUAAGUCUUUGCUUCUUUAACCAGUUUAUAUUCAUGCUGUCUGUGGCAAUUCUCCCUUCAGGAAAAGAGUUGACUUAGGACAAGUCUGCAAAUGGAAUGGAUAAAACAAAAGUGUAAAUAUUUACAAAGACAAAGGAUAGGAGAUAGUUUUGAAUUAGAACUUGCAAGGUUAUACAAGAUGUAUAUCUGUUAAGUGAUACUGUCAGAACUAUUGCAAUUAUUUGCAAGCUGACACUAGGGUAGGAGGUUUGGCAGGCUCAUUUACCGUGAAACCACAUGAGGGAAGUUAUGCAAAGGAGUGCAUCAUACAAGAGCUUUAACUAGAACCUAUUAAUGUGCUUUAUAAACAUGAAAAUCAAAGCUUCUAGAAGGUAUGGUCAAGGAGUUAUAUCUUAAUGAUAUCUGAGUACAAAUGCUUCUUACUACUUGCUAAAUUCAUAAAGAAAUCUGUAGUCACAAACAGCAAACAGUUGUUAUAACCGAAUUUUGAUAUAUUUGUACUCUGCCAUAUACCUGUAAACAGACCAAUAGCGAUCGUGGGGUUUUGUAAUGGGAAUUUGUACAAAGCAUUACUCUUUUUUCAAUAAAUUUUUUAAUAA